UAUACAAUCCCCUCCCACUCUCUAGUGGGCAGAGUACUGCAGCGUUCAAGUGGCUGCUAUUUUGCAGCACCGAAAGCGCACUUCCAAGGAAGAGCUUAUUUGACGGAGGAUGAGAAAGGAUUUGGUGAAAUGGACUGGUAUUAUUUGUACACACUGUGGUUAAUUAUUGCUACACAAGAAGGCAGAAUAAUUGUGCAGAAGACGAGAUUAGAUUUCUAUGUUUCGCUUCUUAUUGCGAUUUCUUCCUCUGGCAGGUUAGUGUUGUGAGAUGUGCUCUAUUUGCCAUGGCAAGAGGUCUGUUUUCAUGGGUCUGGCUGAGGAAGCCCAUCUACAUACAGGCCCGAUUCUCCUACCUGCACAUGAAGUAUCUGUUCUUCUCAUGGCUGGCAGUGUUUGUGGGUAGCUGGGUGGUGUAUGUGGAGUACUCAUCCUACUCAGAGCUGUGUCGUGGACAUGAGUGCAAGAAUUCCAUAUGUGACAAGUACAGGAAAGGAGUGAUCGACGGCUCGGCAUGCAGAAGCCUGUGUGAAAAAGACACGCUGUACCUGGGGAAGUGUCUCUCUGCCAAGCCGAACAACCAGGUCAGAUCUGACUCUGAUCCAAGUUCUACGGUGUACUCAGGUGGCUGGGGGGACCUGGAGGGGGUGAUUAAGUGCCAGAUGGAGGAGGUUCCUCAUUAUAACCUGGGAGCUGAGAUGGAGCACAGGAAGGAGGCGUCGCCGUUCAACAAGCCCACCAAGGGAACUUCCGUAGAGAAGUUCAAAGAGAUGGUCCUCAGCCACCUCAAGACCAAGGUGGGUGAACAGGCCAACCUUCCAGACCUAGUGAGCCUGGUUUUCUCCGUGGCCGACUACAACAAAGAUGGCCUCAUCUCCUUGCCGGAGGCCCGCUCCAUGUGGGCUCUUCUCCAGCUCAAUGAGUUUCUGCUAGCAAUAGUCCUGCAGGACAGAGAGCACACCCCUAGGCUCCUGGGCUUCUGUGGGGACAUGUAUGUGAUGGAGAAGGUGCCCUAUGCUCCCCUGUACGGCAUCAGCCUGCCCUGGGUGGUGGAGCUGUGGAUCCCCGCGGGGGUACGACGCAGCAUGGACCAGUGGUUCACGCCCUCCUGGCCCCGCAAGGCCAAGAUCUCCAUCGGCCUCCUGGAGCUCGUUGAGGAUGUUUUCCACGGGACCUUCGGCUCCUUCCUCAUGUGUGACGUGAGCGCAGACGGCUUUGGUUACAACGACCGCCACGACCUGAAGGUGAUGGACACUCGCCACAUUGUCCCUGAGGCCACCUUCCAGAAAGCCAUGAGGGAGCGGCGAUGCGACACGGAAGAGGACUGUUUGUACGGUGCCGACUGUCGCACUUCCUGUGACCUCACCAAGCACCGGUGUACGCCAGAGGUGACGCAGCCCAACCUGGCCAAGGCGUGCGGCGCACUGAAGGAUUACCUCCUGAACGGGGCGCCGUCUGACAUUCAGGAGGAGCUAGAGAAACAGCUGUAUGCCUGUAUAGCAUUAAAGGGCUCGGCCGAACAGAUGGAGAUGGAACACUCGCUUAUACUGAACAACCUGAAGAGCUUGUUGUGGAAAAAGAUUUCGCACACCAAGGACUCCUAAUGAGGUUAAAACAUAGGUACAUCUAGACCCUGGAUUUGAAAGUAUUGGUUGGAACUGCGUUUCUACCAUUGUAAAUCCACACUUUGGGAAAGGGUGGAGAAUCAGGACACAGAUGAACACCACUGCUGCCCCCUAACGCCCUCUCCUCUAAGCUUUUUUGGGAACUAUAAUGAACAAAAAUAUAAACGCAACAUGUAAAGUGUUGGUUCUGUUUUUCACGAGCUGAAAUAAAGACCCCAGAAAUGUUCCAUACACACAAAUCUUACAUUUUGUGUAUAAAUGUUUGUGAGCGUUAAUCCAUCCACCUCACAGGUGUGGCAUAUCAAGAAGCUGAUAAAACAGCAUGAUCAUUACAGGUGCACCUUGUGCUGGGGACAAAAGGCCACUGAUCACAACGCCACAGAUGUUUCAAGUUGAGGAAGCAUGCAAUUGGCAUGCUGACUGCAGGAAUGUUCAACAGAGCUGUUGCCAGAGGAUUGACUGUUAAUUUCUCUACCAUAAACUGCCUCAGUUUUAGAGAAUUUGGCAGUACAUCCAACCGGCCUCAGGACCUCCACAUCUGGCUAAUUUACCUGUGGGAUCAUCGGAGACCAGCCACCUAGAGAAUUACUCCGUUUCAUCAGCUGUCUGUAAUGAAACUGAUUGGCUGGGCCUUUUGUUUUUAACCUAUGCCCUCCCAUGACUGUACCCCUGCUCAGUCAUGUGAAAGCCAGAUUAGUGACUAAUAAACUCAUUUCAAUUGA